AUCAUUACUAUCAAAUUCGUCAGUUAGUAAGUAAUUAGGAAAAACACAAAUGGCUAAAAUAACGAUUUUAUUAUUUCUAACUGUUUAUUUAACGCUGCAGCUCACUACAGCCUAUCCCCAAAGAAACGGCGUAGCCACCGAAGAGCCAAAUUUCAUAAAAUCCCUUGAACCCGUUGUUCUGACCACCCUUGAUGUCGUAGAUAAAUAUUUUGAAACGCUCAUAACACAAACUGCGCAUUUCGUUGAAGAUGUACUCGUUGAAUUGAAGGCACUCCCCGAAAAAAAUGACUACAUUCGAGAGCUUAUACCACAGCUAACAGGUUUAUUGGAGUGUCUGGGGCAAGCAAAUAAAUCCAAUCGAGCAUCCAUCAUUAGCGAAAUCGGUAAACUGUAUGAAGAUUUUGAUAACAUCUUGAAGGCGAAUGAUGAUAGUAAUAAGACAAAGGUAUUGAAGAGUGUGCUGAAAACGUUACAUUUACUCGAAUUGAAUUGGAGUAUUGAGAACUCGGUAUCAAGUGCUGUGCGAAAAUUCACUGAAGCUUAUGAACCAUUCUGGAACUCAUUAAGUGACGAGCAAAAGAGAGAGCAUAAACGUUUGAGUGACUGGUAUGACGAAUUCAAAGCUGGCAAAACUAGUCAAGAUAAGUUGAAGGGUUUUGAAGAGUUUCUGCGCAUUGCACUUGAUGUAGCUGGUAAAGAUUCAAGUUAACGAAUUUGAGUACUUCAGAAUUUAGAUAACGGUUAGAAAUAAAUCUGUAAAAUACUGUAUUAUGUAAAUAUUGUAAAAAAAAUCAUGAAAUGUUAAAUCAAGCGCAAAUAUUUGGGUGUGAUGAAACAUUUAUUUUCACGUUACUUUCAGCUAUGGUUAAGAAGAUGAAUUUUCGUGCAGAAAUAAAUAAUAAAAGCAAA